UUCCGCCUUCCGCCUUCCGCCUUCCGCCGGGGUGGCACUGCACGCGGAUGGCAGUCGUGCGCGCCGGGGCGGCGGAGUUGGGCUUCGCGGAGGAGGCGCCGGCCUGGCGGCUGCGCAGCAGCCAAUUCCCCAGCAAGGUCGGCGGCCGGCCGGCGUGGCUGGGCGAGGCUGGGCUGCCCGGGCCCGCGGAGCUGGCGUGCUCGCUAUGCGGCCGCCCGCUGGCUUUCGUGCUCCAGCUGUACGCGCCCCUGCCCGGCCGCGCCGACGCCUUCCACCGCAGCCUGUUCCUCUUCUGCUGCCGCGCGCCGCCCUGCUGUGCGGGCCUGCGCGUUUUUAGAAAUCAGCUACCCAGGAAAAACGACUUUUACUCACAUGAGCCGCCUCCUGAGGAGCCUCCUCCAGAGGCGGGAGAGUCCGUGUGCCUCCAGCUCAAGUCGGGGGCUCACCUCUGCAGGGUGUGCGGCUGCUUAGGCCCCAAGACGUGCUCUCGGUGUCGCCAGGCACAUUACUGCAGUAAGGACCAUCAGGCUGUGGACUGGAGGUCCGGACAUAAGCAAGCGUGCGGACAAGCAGAUAACUUGGACAACACAGUUCCAGAUCACAACUUCCUUUUUCCAGAAUUUGAAAUUGUAAUAGAAACAGAAGAUGAGAUUACACCUGAAGUUUCAGAAAAAGAUGAUGAACCAGAGAUUAUAGGGAGCAUGGGUGAAGCAUCUGUGGACGAACUGGAUUCCAUGGCAAAACAUGAAUCCAGGGAAGAUAAAAUUUUCCAAGAGUUUAAAAAUAAAAUAGCCCUGGAACCAGAACAGAUUCUCAGGUAUGGUAGAGGGCUUGCCCCCAUCUGGAUCUCGGGUGAAAAUGUCCCCGAAGAGGAGAAUAUUCCAGACUGCCCCUGUGGAGCCAAGAGAAUAUUUGAAUUCCAGACAUCUGUGGGCUUAUACAAUAAUGAGGGUUUACAUGUGUUCGCUUUUACCAUCUGGUCCACCCCCACCUUCCAAUGCUGAUACAGCAUUAUUUUCAGUGUCUCUCUUAUCUUGGUAAUUUUAAAUAAUACAAUUUCCACUGAUCAGGUCUGACAAUGUACGUUGUGAGAGGAAUGUUUCAGAACUUGCUCUUUUUAGUGUUGAUUUGUGGAUUUGUUAGGAAAACAAAUGCAUGUAUCAUUAAGGCACAUUAAGUAUCAUUAAGAUAAAUGUUUUUUCAAAAAAAGGUUGUUAGCAUCAGAAUCAUUUUGGGAUUGGGUGGAAAUCAAUCCUCUGUGGAUUAAGUAACUUUACAGAGUGGUAGGUAAUAAUUGUUUUGGGUAAAAAGGGAAUUACAAGGACUGCAUCCAACACUGGUUGGUUCUAAUCCCAAAGCUCUUGAUGGUGAGUUGAGCUGCCAGUGUAUGUGUGUGUGAGCGUGCGAAGCAGUUUCCUACCGGUGGGGCAGACCUUCACUCUUCCAUCCAAUUGCUGGCCUCCUGAGGUCCCUUUCUCUACAGACAUCAACAAAUUUUCUUUUUGUAUUUAUUAUACUAGUGUUCCUUCAGUCAUUGCACCAGCACCUGCUGUUCAAGUGAUAGAAAGUAAAAGUUUCAUAGA